CAAAAAACAUUGAGUGCAAUCUCAGAUCUAAUCACAUUCCACCAGAUGCUCACCGCCAACAUUCUCGCCGUCCUCUUCCUCCUCACUUUCUGCUACGGACAGACUCCUCCGGCACCAGAACCGACCGCCGCCGACGGACCUUCAUCUCCGGCGAACUGUCUAGUAUCUAUGCUAAACGUAUCAGACUGCUUCUCGUACGUUCAAGUGGGAAGUAAUGAGAUCAAGCCUGAACCUGCUUGUUGCCCGGAGCUUGCUGGGAUGGUUCAGAGCUCACCGGAAUGCGUUUGUAAUCUUCUCGGCGGUGGCGCAUCGCCGCGUUUUGGAGUUAAGCUUGAUAAACAGAGAGCUGAGCAACUUUCAACAAUCUGUGGUGUGAAAGCUCCAUCUCCUAGUUUGUGUUCAGUUCUAGGUUUUCCGACGAUCUCUCCUGCCGGAAGUGAAGAUUCAUCUGCAGGUUCUGAAGGAUCGGAUAAAGAUAAGAAAAAUGGAGCUAUGACUACUAAAGAUUAUGGAGUAGCUUUGAACUCCUUAGCCUUAAUAUUAUUGUUCACGUUUCUUUCUUUAUUUUGAGCAUUACAUGACUUCACUAGGUGAUGAAGCAUAUAUUCUACUAUCAUCUCUUUUUGUGAUUCAUAGUACGAAUCUCAUGUGUUUCUUAUGGAACUUGAAUUAUAUUAUAAGUUUAUGUAUAGUUUAGUGAGCUUAAGUUCUGGAUGUUAUGAAUAAAGAUCUUCCAUCUUU